AUGAUGUCGAAAAUCAAUCGAGCGCUCGACGGCCGUCGGUUCAUCGUCUCUUGCUUCUUCCUCAUCGUUUUCCUCUGCAUUUUAGCCUCGAUGAACGAAAUACGUUUUGGUAGUAGUGUCCUAAAGUUUAGCCAAUGUGCUUUUUCCGGUCAACCGUCGCUACAAAUGCUCGAAACAAACACGACAUUUCCAUUGACAUCCUCAUUAUCGAGCGACGACAUUAGGGUACUGAUCGGGAUCCUGACGGUUCCCGAUCAAUACCAAAAGAGGCACUUCCUCCGACUCAUCUACGGGACGCAAUCCGUAGUCAGGGCACGUGUCGAUGUCAAAUUCGUGUUUUGCAAUCUCACCAAAGAAGACCAAAAGGUCUUGGUGGCACUCGAAAUCAUGCGCUACGACGACAUAAUCAUCCUCAAUUGCAAAGAGAACAUGAACAAAGGUAAAACCUACACGUAUUUCUCGAGUUUGCCUGACAUGCUACUGAAAAACGAUACGGGAGUUCCUUAUCCGCUUUAUCAUUAUGUAAUGAAAGGCGACGAUGACGUGUAUUUUAGAUUGCAAAGUCUAGUCGACUCGUUGAGGCCGUUGCCUAGAGAAGAUUUGUACUAUGGAUACGUCAUACCGUGCCCUAGUAUGGACCCGUUCGUGCAUUACAUGUCGGGCAUGGGCUACUUAGUGUCGUGGGAUAUUGUCGAGUGGCUAAGGGACUCGGACAUCCCCAAGAAGCAUCUAGAAGGACCGGAGGAUAAGAUAUUCGGGGAUUGGCUCCGAGAGGGCCACCGUGGAAAGAACAGGUACAACGCGAAAUGGUCGAUGUACAACUAUCCCGAGCCGCCCACGAGGUGCACGCACGAGUUGUGGCCGGAUACGGUAGCGGUUCAUCUAUUGAAGACACCGGAAAAGUGGUUUCGGACAUUGAACUAUUUCAAUGUCACUCGAGCUCUGAAGCCUUCUAAAAUGUAUCAUAUACCAUAG